CAUGAAGGAGCAAGAAGUACAGCAGAAAACUGCAGGCCUGCGCAAGAGAGGGGAAUAAAUGCUUGGGUAGAAAAUGGAAGGAAGGCAGUGGAAGAGCAUAGAUUUUCAUGGAAUAAACUAUGGGAGGGAUUAAGAAUAAAGAUAUGCUCAAUGCAUGAGAACAUAAUCACCUGCCAAGGAGGGACGUGAACAGGGAAGUGAGAGGAUGACUGCUAUCAACUAAAAGUAUAAGAAUGUAUCUAUGGCAAACAGCCUUGGAAAUAGUUCCUCCAGCCUUUUGAGAUUUAGGUAGCUUCAUCAGCACAUCACCCAGUGGGAAAGAUGCCUCAUCAUUUUCUUUGAAUGCAAAGUUUUUGUCUCCCGUUUGAACGAGUCUUCAGUUGGACUAAGCAACCGCACCUGGUGCUCCUUUCUUCAGGCUUUCCCCAGGCGUUGCUGUUUGGGAAUCGGAGUGUGACUCUGAGUUCAUCGUGAAAUCCCUAUCAGCUACCAACUCCCUGUCUCCAUUCAAGGACAAAAGCUACACAAGAAGAGGGACAAAAAUUUGACCACUGUGUCCAUAAAGAGGACUGCAAGGAGAUGCAAUAUAUAGCAUAAAAAGGCAAAGAAGGAAGAAACUAGCAAGUAUGUGCGAGAAGUUGGGUCUGACAUACUUAGUUACAGGAGGCUGUGGUUUCCUGGGCUGGCACCUGUUGCAGAUCCUGCUGGAGAAAGAAGACAAAGUCACAGAAAUUCGACUCUUUGACAAGCACGCGGAUCCUGCUCUAGAGGAUUACAGCACCGACAAGGUAAAGGUGGUUGUGAUUCAGGGGGACAUCACAAAUUACCACAGUGUGUUGGCAUCAGCCCAAGGAGCCGACCUCGUCAUCCACAUGGCCAGCCUCAUAGAUGUGUGGUACAAAGUUCCAGACCAAGUGCUCUACGAUGUCAACGUUCAAGGUACAGUCAAUGUGAUAAAUGCGUGUGUGGAAGUUGGGAUCCAGUACCUAGUCUACACUAGCAGUAUGGAAGUCAUAGGUCCCAAUGUCCGAGGAGAACCAUUCAUCCGGGGAAAUGAAGACACUGUGUAUAAUGUGUGGCAUGGAAUGCCAUAUCCAAAAAGCAAAGCGGAGGCUGAAAAGCGAGUGCUGGAAGCCAAUGGCAUUAAGGUGAGCAGUGGCAAGCAUCUGUACACCUGCUCCCUCCGACCUACAGGGAUCUAUGGGGAGAAGCAUGAACUGAUGCGUCAAUUCUAUGAAAAGGCAGUACGCAAUAGGGGCUGCCUGAUCAAUGGUAUCCCACGGAAUACGGAGCACGGCCGUGUCUACGCAGGCAAUGCAGCCUGGAUGCACGUGCUGGCUGCCCGUGCUCUGAGAGAACAGCCCCAGAUACUGGGAGGAGAAGCAUACUUCUGCUAUGACAAUUCACCGUACAAAAGCUAUGAGGAAUUCAACAUGCAGUUCCUGUCGCAGUUCAACUUCCGUGAGCUGAGGCUGCCACUUUGGCUACUCCGGAUCAUAGCGGGCAUGAAUGACUUCAUGCACUGGCUGCUGAAGUCCAUCUACAACUACACCCCACUGCUGAAUCGCUACACCCUGGCUGUGGCAUGCACCUCCUUCACAGUGUAUUCAGACAAGGCCCAGCGCCACUUUCAGUACCAGCCACUAUAUGACUGGGAUCAGGCCCGAAUGCGCACGCUGCGCUGGGUCAGCACCUUUCCACGCAGCACCAAGGACUCCUAACUACCUGAAGCAGCUGGUACAGGAAAGGGUUUCAUUGCUGCCGUUUUGCUGCUGCUACAACAACGGGACAGAAGUUCCUGCUAAAUAAAGGGGUAGUGCGUGCGUGCGUGCGUGCGUGCGUGCGUGCGUGCGUGCGUGCGUGUGGCUUUUCCACCCUCUGCCUCCCCCCUAAUCUGUAUUCUCUUAUGCUUUGUUUCAAUCUUCGUUCUUUCCGAUUACUUCGUCUGUUUGCUGAUGAUGUGGUUUUGCUCUUACUUACUGAUUGCAAAUGCAUGGUCUGUUAAUUUUCUCUAUCAAAUGCAAUAUAAAAUUCAAAUGUGUUCAGACAUUUGAACUACUUUUUAAAGUAAAUCCACUUUACUAACAUUUAUGUCCAAUUUUCAACAUGUAACUGUAACAGGAAGGAUUAUACUACAGAUAUUAGGACCCUCUGGUCUCAAGUGGAAAUGGCCAUACCUCACUGUUUCCUGAAAAAUUCAAAUGUGGACACCUGGAUAUCUGGAAUUAUAUUGUACAGCUACUUCCCUGUGGCUGGGGAACCUCAUACCCUUCCAGGUCAGGUGUUUUCAAAACAUUUUUUUUUUCCCCCACUGUUCAAAUAAUUUUAAUAUGCUUAAAACAUUUGCCUAGCAAACCUGUUUCUCAGGGGCCUUGUGAUACUAUUAUAAGUGUCUCAUGUACACAUUGUCAUAAUGUUUUCAUGUAUUCUGCAAAAUAGCCAGUCUUUCAAUUUUUAGAGAUUUUGUUAUUGAAAUUGUUUUACAAUUAAUGUACUUGAAACAAUAGCAUAGGAAUGUUGCCUCUGAAAUGUAAUAUGAAUAUUUAUUGAAAUACCAUUUAAUCAGUCAUCUAUUUCUGUAACUAUGUACCAGCAAUGUUUAUUAAAGAUCCUAUUACACUA